AAGCUAGACAGGUCGACGUGUCAGGAAAAAGCUGUCGGGAGAAGUGGCUUGCUAGGUGGAUGGGCAGAGGGUUAUAACGCUAACCUGCUCCCAAGAGUUCAUACUGUUGUUUUUACAUGUUAAGUUGCGCAAAUAGUACAAUUAUUGUUCAGUGAUACAGUGGGCAUUACCUAAUCAAGAUGUUAACCAAAUUUGAAACAAAGUCGGCCCGUGUUAAAGGACUGAGUUUCCACCCAAAGAGGCCCUGGAUCCUCGCAAGUUUGCACAAUGGAGUCAUCCAGUUAUGGGACUAUCGUAUGUGCACCCUUAUUGACAAGUUUGAUGAGCACGAUGGCCCUGUCAGAGGAAUUGACUUCCACAAGCAGCAGCCUCUGUUUGUGUCUGGAGGCGAUGACUACAAAAUUAAGGUAUGGAACUACAAGUUACGGCGUUGUCUGUUCACUCUCCUUGGACACCUGGAUUACAUCCGCACCACUUUCUUCCAUCAUGAGUAUCCCUGGAUUCUGAGUGCCUCGGAUGACCAGACCAUCCGCAUCUGGAACUGGCAGUCUAGGACCUGCGUCUGCGUCCUGACUGGCCACAACCACUAUGUGAUGUGUGCCCAGUUCCACCCCUCGGAGGACCUGGUGGUGUCUGCUAGUCUUGACCAGACUGUGCGCGUGUGGGAUAUCUCCGGUCUGAGGAAGAAGAACUUGUCCCCCGGCGCCGUGGAGACGGAGGUGCGCGGCAUCUCGGGCGUCGACCUGUUUGGGGCGUCCGACGCCGUCGUCAAGCACGUCCUCGAGGGUCACGACCGCGGGGUCAACUGGGCGGCCUUCCAUCCCACCAUGCCCCUCAUCGUCUCUGGUGCCGACGACCGACAGGUCAAAAUCUGGAGGAUGAACGAGUCCAAGGCGUGGGAGCUGGACACCUGCCGCGGCCACUACAACAACGUGUCGUGCGCCGUCUUCCAUCCGCGCCAGGAGCUCAUCCUGUCCAACUCGGAGGACAAGAGCAUCCGCGUGUGGGACAUGUCCAAGAGGACGGGAGUGCAGACCUUCCGCAGGGACCACGACCGCUUCUGGGUGCUGGGGGCCCACCCCAACCUCAACCUGUUCGCCGCCGGUCACGACAGCGGCAUGCUGGUGUUCAAGCUGGAGCGCGAGCGCCCGGCCUACGCCGUCUACGGCAACAUGCUCUACUACGUCAAGGACCGCUUCCUGCGCCAGCUGGACUUCAACAGCAGCAAGGACACCGCCGUCAUGCAGCUGCGCAGUGGGUCCAAGUUCCCAGUGUUCAGCAUGUCUUACAACCCUGCUGAGAACGCAGUCCUGCUCUGCACGAGAGCCACCAACCUGGAGAACAGCACCUACGACCUGUACUCCAUCCCCAAAGAGAGCGACUCCCAGAACCCCGACGCUCCGGAGGGGAAGAGGUCGUCUGGUCUGACGGCCGUCUGGGUGGCCAGGAACCGCUUCGCCGUCCUGGACCGCAUGCACUCGCUGCUCAUCAAGAACCUGAAGAACGAGAUUGUGAAGAAGGUGCAGGUGCCCAGCUGUGAGGAGAUCUUCUACGCCGGCACGGGCUCCCUGCUGCUGAGGGACGCCGACGGUGUCACGCUCUUCGACGUGCAGCAGAAGCGCUCGCUCGCCACCGUCAAGAUCGCCAAGGUCAAGUACGUGGUGUGGAGCGCCGACACCAGCCACGUGGCCCUGCUGGCCAAACACGCCAUCAUGAUCUGCAACCGCAAGCUGGAGAGCCUGUGCAACAUCCACGAGAACAUCCGGGUGAAGAGCGGGGCCUGGGACGAGAGUGGGGUGUUCAUCUACACCACCUCCAACCACAUCAAAUACGCCCUCACCUCCGGUGACCAUGGGAUCAUCAGGACUCUAGACCUGCCCAUCUACGUGACCAGGGUGCGGGGGAACAGCGUGUACUGUCUGGACCGGGAGUGCCGGCCACGCGUCCUCACCAUCGACCCCACGGAGUACCGCUUCAAACUGGCCCUGGUCAACCGCAAAUACGAGGAGGUGCUCCACAUGGUACGUAAUGCCAAGCUGGUGGGCCAGUCCAUCAUUGCCUACCUGCAGAAGAAGGGCUACCCCGAGGUGGCGCUGCACUUUGUCAAGGACGAGAAGACCCGCUUCAGCCUGGCUCUGGAGUGCGGCAACAUUGAGGUGGCGCUGGAGGCAGCGAAGGCCCUGGACGAGCGCGGCUGCUGGGAGCGCCUGGGCGAGGCGGCCCUCCUCCAGGGGCACCACCAGGUGGUGGAGAUGUGCUAUCAGAGGACCAAGAACUUCGACAAGCUCACCUUCCUCUACCUCAUCACCGGCAACCUGGCCAAGCUGCGCAAGAUGAUGAAGAUUGCGGAGAUCAGGAAGGACAUGAGCGGUCACUACCAGGGGGCCCUGUACCUCGGGGACGUCAGCGAGCGGGUCCGCAUCCUCAAGAACUGUGGACAGAAAUCCCUGGCCUACCUGACGGCUGCUACUCACGGCAUGGACGAGGAGGCCGAGGCCCUGAAGGAGACCUUUGACCCUGAGAAGGAGACACUUCCAGAGGUUGACCCCAAGGCCCAGCUGCUGCAGCCCCCCCCUCCCAUCAACCCCCUGGACACCAACUGGCCUCUGCUCACUGUGUCCAAGGGCUUCUUCGAGGGAGCCAUCGCAGCCAAGGGCAAGGCAGGUCAGAUGGCUGCAGACAUGGACAUGGAGGCCCCUGGGGAGGAGGGCUGGGGGGAGGAUGCAGAGCUGCAGCUGGAUGAAGAUGGCUUCAUGGAUGCCCCAGAGGGACUAGGUGAUGACGGUGUGGCGAAGGAUGAGGGAGGUGGCUGGGAGGUGGAGGAGGAUCUGGACCUGCCCCCAGAGCUGGAGUUGCCGGCCGGAGCAGGAAGCGGGGCUGAGGACGGUUUCUUUGUCCCGCCCACUAAGGGGAUGAGCCCCACCCAGAUAUGGUGCAACAACUCCCAGCUGCCCGUAGACCAUGUACUGGCCGGCUCCUUCGAAACUGCAAUGAGGCUGUUGCAUGACCAGGUGGGCGUGGUCCAGUUUGCGCCCUACAAGUCUCUGUUCAUGCAGACCCUGUCCCGCGGACGCACCUGCUACCUGGGCCUGCCCUCGCUGCCCUGCCUCCGCGGCAACCCCCAGAGGAACUGGAAGGACUGCGGCGCCAAGCAGGGCCUACCCGCCGUGGGCCUGCGCCUGGCCGACCUCAUCGCCCGCCUGCAGCAGUGCUACCAGCUCACCACGGCCGGCCGCUUCGAGGACGCCGUGGAGCGCUUCCGUGCCAUCCUGCUCUCUGUGCCCCUGCUGGUGGUGGACAACAAGCAGGAGAUCGCAGAGGCUCAGCAGCUGAUCACCAUCUGCAGAGAGUACAUCGUCGGCCUCACCAUGGAAACCGACAGGAAGAAGUUGCCCAAAGACACAUUGGACCAGCAGAAGAGGCUGUGCGAGAUGGCGGCUUACUUCACCCACUGCAGUCUCCAGCCAGUCCACAUGGUCCUAGUCCUUCGUACAGCCCUCAACCUGUUCUUCAAACUGCGGAACUUCAAGACAGCAGCCGGCUUUGCCCGCCGCUUGCUGGAGCUCGGGCCCAAACCAGAAGUGGCACAGCAGACCCGCAAGAUUUUGUCUGCCUGCGAGAAGACCCUCACAGAUGCCCAUCAGCUGAACUACGACCCCCAUAAUCCCUUUGACCUGUGCGCCGCCUCCUACACACCCCUGUACCGCGGGCGACCAGUGGAGAAGUGCCCCCUGUCCGGAGCCUGCUACUGCCCCACAUACAAGGGACAGGUCUGCAGGGUCACACAGGUGACGGAGAUCGGCAAAGAUGUGAUCGGUCUGCGUGUCAGCCCCCUGCAGUUUCGUUAGAGACAAAGGGGGAAGAACAUAGAAUCCAUUGUGUGAAACACCCCCACACCCCAUUCUAUUACUAUACAUACUAUAUGAUUCAUAUCUAUGGGACAUUUUUAUUUCUUAAUGUUUCAUGUUUUCAUACUUCCAACUGUUUGGCCUUGUGCUUAUUCUUGCCCUCUUUCAGAAAUGUUUCCUUGUUAAGUGACGUUACUGUGCUCAUGCAAGUUGCAGUCGUGGUGUCAGUAGAACCCUUGACCUAUCUUUCUGUCCUGUAUACACCAUCAAAUGAAUAAUGAUAAAUGAGCAGGGCUGCUCUGUAACCUGUUAAAGAUUAAAAUAAAUACAAAUGAACUGUUAA